GUUGCAGCCUCCGCAGACGUUGAAGAGGGAGGAGGCAUGUUACGGUGUGGUUCAACGUUCAGCCACAGCUCUAGGCGUUCCUUUUCUGGACACUGUGCAAGUUGUUUGCCACCUGCCACCAUUUCCGAUACUGUUGGCAGCACAUGGACUAAUUGUCAGCUAUGGAAGUACCUUUCGUAUCAUCCGGGGCGAUGAGCAGGGCUCAUUAUGCUCUCGUUCGCAAAGUGGAAACAGCCAUGUCUCCUCAGGCAGCAGACACUACCUUGCUUGCUGAGAUCGAAGCUAUACACUACCGACUGCUUCAUUCUACACUCACUCAGAAACAACUCAAGGAAUGUUUGAUUCUACUUCUGUACUGCUCGAUGGCCACGACUGCGGGUAUUGUACCCGACUUGACUUUCGCUCUGCCACACGCAAUAUCCCUCGCGGAAGCAGGAAAAACUGUGCACGAUAAACGAAUUGGCUAUGAGUUCUGCGCCGACAUCAUGCCAAAGCACCACGAGCUCAAGUUAAUGCUUGUCAACACAUUACGGAAAGAUAUUCAUAGCCAUGAAGUACCCCGGAUAUGUCUCGCACUGGAUAUACUCAUUCAAAUUCCCCCAGAGGAUGUGAUUCCCGCCGUGCAGGAUCGUCUGUUUGAAUUAUUAUCCCACACAUCGCCGCUUGUCCGUAGAAGGGCACUUUUCGCCUAUCGUUCUCUUUCGGAACAUAGUCAGGAUAUUUUGAAUCAGAUUGUUGACAAAGUUCAAAAGCGUUUGGAUGAUCCCGAUUAUGCAGUUGUAGGUGCUGCGCUGGCAGUAAGCGUAGAGCUACAUACUCACAGUCGUCUGCCUAUCACUACAUUCCAUGCGUCCUUGACGCGACUGCUUCGAAACGUCUGGCAGAAUGUCUCGCGCCACCGUUCUGGAUCGUGGCUAUUAUUGAAGGUGCUCCAAGCAUUGCAGAAUCUCAGAGCGCUAAAUCUAGAAGACUUUGAAGUGAUUUCAGGUAUCGUUCGUACGAGAAUGUCCGUAACGCCUCUUUCCAACGCUAUCAAAUACCAGUGCUUUUCCGUUGUGGCUGCACACCCUGACCUGCUGGCUUCUCUGAAGUCACCCCCGGGAAAUCUGUUCAUUAGUGCUAUCCGGCACCUUCUAACUUCAGACAACAUAAACGACAUAUAUACCUUCAUCAGCUCUUUAGAAAGCUUGGAACCCAGAUACUGGGCCGGAAUUUCCGCCGAUAUACCUUCUGUCUUGGAGGCAUGGGAGGUAGAACGAGUCAUGAGCUUGUUGGGCUCUAAUGAUCAAGCCAUUCGAAAGAAGGUUCUUCGUAUUCUCCUCAAAGUGGACAGAACCAUUGUGGAAUCUUACUUCAAUCAACUUUCUGCCUCAAACUUCGCCUCAGUCCUUCAGGAUAAGUCUGGAGAGCUGAAGAGACCUCUUGAAGUUAUUGAGGUGUUAUGCGGUGAAGAUGGCGAAUCAUAUGCUCAGCAAGUGGUGCUCACGUUCACCGCGAUUGACGAGAAUCCGCAUCGGAAAGGUCAUGUUUACGAGGGCGCUGUCGAAGACAUUUUGAAUUAUAUUCGUGGAUCUAGCAUCGAGUUCCGAAGUGGAUGCCUCGGAGUUUUCUUCGGCCUGCUCGCGGGGCGAGGACGAGCUUUUGACUCGACGCUUGCAACUAUUCUGUCGGCUCUUGUUUGCGAGUAUCUCGAUAGCUGUCCAGUUUCCCCAGAAGACCUACUGAGAGGUCUAAGUUCGCUUUUACCGAAUCUCGGAGCUGCCAUACAGGAUGCUUGUCUACUUGCUAUGAUAAGAGUGUCGGCAAACUGUUCAGCGGUACCUGAGGAUGUUCUUGGCACUGUGCGCAAGGUCCAGGAAGCUGCAGGCAGACAUAUCAAGCGACGUUGCAACCAAUUUCUCGAACUUUCACAAACUGCACAAAUGCUAAAGGAUAUCGUGUCACGAUCGAAGUCCACUUCGCUUCCUGACUUUGUCAUUGCGCUGGAGACAUACGAAGCGGAAAGGCAAACAAAUGUUCCUCGUCCUUCAUCCAGCAACGCGGUCGGCUCACCGGAAAGACCUUCCUCUCGAACUUCCACGACAGCGAGCAAGCUACGCUACACUGCAUAUGAUGCACCAAAGCCCACACCACGACUGAGACGAAUUUCAAGUACCAGCAGUUCUCUUUCAGCCUCACGGUCGGAUGUAGGCCGUGAAUCUGAAGACUUAGCGAGAACAGUUUCUCCUGGAGAGCUCGCACUUGCGUCUGGCCGCAGCGAAUUUCAGGAGAUUGCUAGGUCCCCCGUAUCAAGUCCACCAACUCUGCCUAGUGUUCAAGUCCUUGAAGAAGACGAGCUGUAUUCGCAGGCCAGCCAAGCCGAUCUAAUAUCUCUGGACUCGCCCUUCGUCUCUGAACCGAUUACAAGCAUCUGCAGCUUCCUGGAGCCCGACUUUGAAACUGUUUGGAACUCUCUAGCAAGUUCCAAUACUCGAGGGUGGUACGACUCACCCAUGGAUGUCCUUGUUCGGAAGUUACAGAGCUUACAGAAGCCUUUGAGAGUAACUCCAGCGGACCAGCCACCAUUCAUUGGCGACUUGAAGAUUCAAAUCUCUACAUCACCAGGCUUUAUUGCCCAGUCUGGGGUUGCAUUGCUCCGACUGAAAGAAGGCGAAGAAGAGAGUUGUCUUUGGCAUCUUCGAUGUGCGGACGAGAGUUUACGAAAUUCUAUCAAGGCCUUGUUGAAGGACGGAUGAACAACUCAAUGUUGAUGAUGAACGGAUGUCUUGUAUAUGAUUCCCAGCAGCGUGACGGAUACCAAUUGCGUGAUUACAGAUUUAUAUCUAACGUGCUUGUACAUAAUCAUCGAUUUUGAGAAUGAGGCAGACCGUCUCUGUCGACAGCUCAAUAGCACUUGUUGAUACAAGCAGUGGUUGCACAACGUC